ACCAUCUUGCAGAAAGAAGUCACUAUGGACAUUUUCAAGUUUAGAUCUGAGAGGUGUGAAUUCUCAGCAAAAGAUGCAGGGAAGCGAAGCACGAUUCCAGUUGCACCAUCCAUCGAUGACCUGUUCAAGUUGGAUUCUGUGAACAACGAAGACUUUAAUUUUAAAAUCUCUCAGAUGUCCUUACCAUCGUUGAGCCAGAUUAAAAAUACCCGAGUUAAGAAACCUCAAUUUAAAAAGAGCCAAGUUAAAUCUACUAAUAAGACUACCCAAGCUAAAGAUUCCCAGCGUUAUCAGCCGAAAAUGCCUCGUGAUGUUGCAUCAAAGAAAGAUGAGAUACAAUUCAAAACAGUCCCUCGUCGAAAGAUAUUUGUUAAUCCUUUUAAAUCUCAGGAGACGGUUGGUGGAUUAUUCCAUGACAAGACUGAAAGCCUGUUGUCAACACAAGACUACAACACAACCACCAACACUAAUGCUACUGCUACUACUUUUACUGAUGGUGUUACAAUUGUUAUUGAUGAUAAUGAUGAUGACAGUGGCCGUGAAUGUGGAGGUGGUGGUGGUGGUGGUGGUAUUGGUGGUGGUGGUGCACUUGAUAUUUUCAAAGAUGUCAGUUUGGGAUUAUCAUUAGCACCACAUGAAGACCCCGUGUUUGAGCAAGAAGUGCCAACAUCUUCUGUUCCUCUUCCCAAGUUGAAUAUGCUGAAAUCUGUGAUGGAAAUACCAUCCAAAUUUAGAGACAUAUUCCCUUUCGAAUACUUCAAUUCAACACAAUCGAAAAUUGUUGAUGACGCUUUGUAUACUGAUAAUUCCAUUGUGGUAUGUGCCCCAACAGGAGCAGGGAAAACGGUGGUAUUUGAACUUGCCAUUGUGAGGAUCAUUAUCAAAGCUGAAGAAAUGAACAACUACAACUUUAAAGCAGUUUACAUGGCUCCCAUCAAAGCCCUUUGUACAGAACGUUACGAAGACUGGGAGAAAAAGCUGGGUAAAUUGGGAGUUCAAUGUCUGGAACUUACCGGAGAUACUGAUGUCGAUGACUUCUCAGCCCUGCAGACUGCAAACGUCAUUAUUACAACGCCUGAAAAGUGGGACAGUGUGACCCGGCGCUGGCAUUGUGACAACACCCUUGCUCAACAUCUGAAGCUGUUCAUGAUUGAUGAAAUACACACUUUAAAUGAUCCAGGCAGAGGGUCAACUAUCGAAGCAGUGAUCAGUCGGAUGAAGACCAUCCAUGUGGCCUCUAAGUGGAUGGAGAAAGACAUCGGCGAGAAGAAGAACAAUAUCCGGUUCAUGGCCGUUUCUGCAACCAUACAGAACCUUAAUGAUCUUGCUGAAUGGUUAGGGGACAGCGAUAAUCCAGCCAUCACUUAUAAUUUUAAUUUCCUCCUCAAUGGUGUGGGUUGUCACCAUGCUGGUAUGGACUACCAUGACAGGAAGUUGAUGGCUGACUUAUUCGAAGCUGGUAACUUACUGGUACUUUUGGCCACCUCAACUCUGGCAAUGGGAGUGAACCUUCCUGCUCACCUUGUGGUCAUUAUGUCAACUCAGUAUUAUGUGAUGGGGAACCAUCAGGAAUAUUCAGAAUCACAGAUUUUACAGAUGAUCGGCAGAGCUGGACGACCACAGUUUGACACCAGUGCUACAGCUGUGAUAUUGACCAAGAUGAGUAAUAAGAGCAAAUAUGAAAAUUUGGUAAAUGGUAUGCAAGUUAUUGAGAAUUUGUGCCUACAGAAUCUGAACCACUUAGCUAGUGUGGCCCUUAUUGUCUUGGAUGAAGAUACCUUUGACAUUAAACCAACCGAUAUGGGACGACUGAUGGCCAGAUACUGCAUAGCAUUUGCCACAAUGAAAAGUUUUGCUAAAUUAACUGGAUCAGAAGGUUUAAGUGAACAGUUGGAUAUUUUAUCUAGAAGUUAUGAAUUUAGUGAUAUUCAGAUCCGAACUAAUGAAAAGAAAACGCUUAAUUCUUUAAACAAAAGCAAGACUAGCCCAACAAUAAGGUUCCCUUUCAGUGGUAAAAUCAAAACUAAAGAAUCGAAAAUCAACUGUUUAAUCCAGGCUACACUUGGUUGCAUUCUGGUCCCUGACUUCUCCUUACUCCAAGACAUCAACAAGAUUUUUCGUUCUGGACAGCGCCUCACUCGCUGUCUUCAAGAGAUCCUGUGGCUCAAGGAUUGCCAUAAAUCCCUCAUCAACGCCAUCUACAUCAACAAGUGCUUUAAAGCCCGCAUCUGGGAGAACUCAAAAUAUGUUACCAAGCAACUGGAAGGAAUAGGUCAGUCUCUUUCAAAUGCCUUGGUAAAUGCUGGAAUAGUCAACUUCGACAAAGUCAGUGAAGCAAAUCCCAGAGAACUGGAAUUGAUAACCAACCGCCACCCACCAUUUGGAAACCAACUGAAGGAAGGAGUGAAGGGUUUACCAAAAUAUAACAUAGUCAUUAAACAAAUCCAGCCUGUCACCACUAAUCCAUGGAAGAGAUGUACAGAGAUUGAGAUCAAUAUACAGAUAAAGAACAAGGAAGACAUAGUGAAGAAUGGUACCACAUCACAGCAGCACACCUCAGCACUUAUUGUGGCCAACGCUGAUAACCACAUUCUCUAUAGACGCAAGAUAAUGGACAGGAACUUACUCGAAGAAAAUGGGUUUGUGAAAAAGGUACCAGUUAGAAAUUCCAUGAAAGGGCCCGAGAUAUUUGUCAAUUUAAUCAGUUUUGAUUGGGUUGGUGUUGACGUGUCUACAUCUUUUACACCAAUUAAUCAUGAUUAUUCCUGCCAACCAGAGAAGGCACUGAGCCUCCCUGCUUCCUCCUUACCCAGCAAGGUGCGUCACCAACCUGACACCAGACCCAGACAAGCACCAAGUAAAGACAACACAAAAUGCCUACACAGGUGUCUCAACAAGAGGGAGUGUAGCCAUCAAUGUUGUAAAGUUGGGGUGAAGCAGCCACAGAGGUCAGGGGUCACAAGAAAUCCAAGGCGAAUGCAGGGCAAUGGUGGUGAUGGUGGUAAUGGCAUUGGCCAGGUAUCAGCGAUGGGCCAAUCCAAGAACUACCAAGAACAACAGAAGCAGCAGCAGACCCCUAUUGUGAAGGGCCAGAGCAGUAUGUACCAAUAUAUGGAUGAUCUCAAGGAGAAAUUGAAGGGUUUUAAACAGACCCCUAUUAAAAGACUCAAGAAAUUUUUACCCAGUGUUCUUUCAGUAACUACCCAUAAACUAACCAGCGUUUUUUUCAAUGAAAAUAUUCAUUCUGCUGCAAAUGAAGAAACGCAAAAUGAUUUUCACUAUGGCAGGGACAUCAACAAUACAGAAGAACUGUGUGGGAACUUUCUCUUGGAACUUUCUCCAUUACUUCCAGAAUGUGAUUCAGGAUGUAAGCAGCAACUGGUGGAAGGUGGCAUUCGCUUCUCCCAGAACACUCUUGACUCACUUCCUUCAAUGACCUACUCGCCAUAUCCCAGUGACAAUUCUGUCUCUGAUGAGGAGUUAGCUGAUCUCCACCUCCCUGUUUCCUCCCAGCAUCUGUUGCAGCCGUCCUUACAGCUCUCUCCUCAGUUAGCUCACACCCAUCAAACAGGUCCAAAUGUGGGUCCCGGUUUGGAAUCAGAUUCUGAAGCAGAUCCUGUCAAUAGGGGCCUGUUUUCGUCCAGGGAAGACAACUACUCCCAAGAAUAUCCUCCACCUUCUCCUCAUUAUCAACAUCAACAACAGCAACAAAAACGUUUACAGCAGUGGUGGAACACCUCAGAGCAGGAAGAGCCAGCUGUAUGUGUACAAGAAAACAAAUCAUUUAGUUGUAACUAUCAAGAUCAGCAGCAGCAACAACAAAAGAGGUGGGACAUCUCAAGGCGAAACGAAACAGCUGUAAGCAUACAAAAGGAUAAAUCAUCUGGUCAUAAUUAUCAGCAGCAGCAGCAGCAAAAACAACAACAGCAGUGGCAAUGGUGGAACACUCUUGGGCAGGAGGAGCAAGCUGUACAUGUUAGAAUGAAUAAAUCCCUUGGAUUUCCUCAUAAAGAUCCGUGUGAUGCAUACAGCAGCAAGGAGUCCCAGGACAGAAUGAUAGAAACAGAGUGCAAGCGAGGUGAAGCUCGAUAUAACAUCAAGCACCAAUGGAUCAAUUCUUGGACACCAGAUUCUUCAAACAGACAUCGGUCACAUCCAGAAGAGAACCAGAAAGCUCUAUAUAGCAUUUUUGAUGGAAUCUUUUAGAGAUCUUCCUAACAACAAUUGUUGUUCUGCAGGAUUUA